AUGUCGUCCGCUCGCUAUGCGCCCUCGGCCGCCCAUUCCAUGGCCCAACAGGCCGCAUACCGCGCUCCAGGGCCCAUCGCCGUGCACAAUGCCCCUCCUGGUACCUUUGCGCCUGGAACAAAAGUCCAGGUGGGCAACCACCGCGUCACAAUCGAAAAGUACCUCUCCGAGGGUGGCUUCGCGCACGUCUACCUGGUGCGCGUGCCCAAAUCCGAUAACGGAACACCAGAGACGGCCGUGUUGAAGCGAGUAGCAUGUGCGGACAAAGAUGCCCUGGCCAACAUGCGGACAGAGGUGGAGACGAUGAAGAAGCUCAAAGGGCACAGCAAGAUCGUCACCUACAUGGACUCGCAUGCCUCGCAACUAAAGACGGGGGGCUACGAAGUCUUUCUGCUCAUGGAGUACUGCUCAGGGGGAGGAUUGAUCGACUUCAUGAACACCAGAUUGCAGCACAGGUUGACCGAGCCCGAAAUCCUGCACAUCUUCUCCGACGUCGUCGAGGGCGUGGCAACCAUGCACUAUCUCAAGCCCCCGCUCCUGCACCGCGAUCUCAAGGUCGAAAAUGUCCUCAUUACCACCGUCUCGGGCAACAAGAUAUACAAGCUUUGCGACUUUGGCUCCACGGCCCCACCAAGGCCGGCUGCUACCACGGCUGCCGAGGGGAGGCUGAUCGAGGACGACGUGCAACGCCACACCACGCUACAGUACCGCAGCCCAGAGAUGGUUGAUGUAUACCGCAAACAACCAAUCGACGAGAAGAGCGACAUCUGGGCCUUGGGUGUGCUCCUGUACAAGCUGUGCUACUAUACUACACCUUUUGAAGAGGUGGGGCAGAUGGCCAUCUUGAAUGCCUCGUUCAAGUACCCGGCAUAUCCCCACUUCUCCGAUCGGAUCAAGAAACUCAUAGGUUCAAUGUUGCGCGAGAACCCACAGCAGCGCCCGAACAUAUACCAGGUCGUUGCAGAGGUCUGCUCGAUGCGCCACCGAGCAAUUCCUAUCAAAGAUAUCUAUUCUGGCAGAACGCAAUCCGAAGACCGACGAAACCAGCAACUACCACCUACCGAGCCCCAGGUCUCUUCACCACCCCCUGUCGUGGGCCUACAACGGGUUGCGCCUGUAGUGCAGGUUCAGCAGCUUCCGGAUAUUACACCAAUGAGGAGAGGAAGACCUACCGGUCCAGCGCAGCAGCCCCCAGCAGCGAAACCAAGUCCAUCGCCUAUGCGAGGAACGGCGUCCGACCCCUUCGCUGCACUCGACUCACAGGAUGUACAAGUCAGGCGUGCGGCUGCUGAUGAACUCGCAUCCCGCUUCCCUUCUUUGGACGAAUUUUCCCUGUUGCACGAUCGGGGCCAAAAGUUCGAAUUCGGCGAUGCACCUGCGACUCCCGACCCCAUGACCAAGCGAGUCACAGAAGCGUUGGCAGAUGAGGCUUUCGCAACAACUCCUGUAUCCAAGGUUGACUCAAACCCAGGGGUGAAGCCUUCUUCUACUGUUUCCUCGGCGGGUAUCUCCAGAAGUACAUCGCUGAGAAAAGCGGCGCCCUAUGAUGCAAAGGAUAGCCCUCGAGGCUCCAACACAAACAUACAGUCACCCAUUCCACAACGUGUCAACAUGGUCUCUACUGGCGUACAGACAUCCCCGCGAGCAUCUCCUGUGUCGGCCCAGCAGAAGUUCCCCGAUGUCAACAACCGGCCUAUCUGGAAGGUGCCCUUGAGUUCAAACCACAAUCGAGCUCUGAGUCAGCCCCGGGCGCCUGAAAAGACACCAGGAAGCCCUCUAAGCAGCAGCCCGUCACUAAGACCGGAACCUGGCUUAUCUGCACGGCCUUCGUUCGAAUCUAGAUCGAAGUCUCAACUCAGCAUCCCAAGAUCUCCUGCAUCCUCCAGGCCAUCUUUGGAAAGCCAGCGUCCAUCCACCAUGGAGCUUGGCUCUGCCAUCGACCGCUCGAGAUCUGCCAAUUCCAAUGCUCGCCCAGUCAGCAUGCAUCUUGAGUCAAACCUUGACUAUCUUCGCGACCGAGAAAUGGCACCCGGUCGUAACUUUGAGGCGCCAUCAUUGACCCGUCGUCUAACCUCUACCGCCAUCGAUGACUCAGAACCUGAGGAAAAGAAUGUCAGGUCAAGCAUCGACUUUCUCCGCACUAUCGAGCAGGAAGAGCAUGGUCAUAAGCACCGCCGAAGCAGCUCGCCACGCAAACAUGGCAAACGCGGCAGCAUUACCAACAUUGUCAAGGGGAGAUUUGGCGACGCUUUCCGUCGCUUUGAAUCAACCGUGAAAACACCCGAACACGAACGUGAACAGCCACCACUGACACCCACUGACCAAUUCAUCGAUCACAAGGGCGGCCUGACACCUAUUGCCGGCUCCGAAGCUACCGGUGGGCUGAGCGACGACGACCGCAGCUUCGUCGAUGAAACACAGGACCUAUCGCCAGAGAUGCGUCGUGAACUUGAAAAGCGACAACUGGCCGAAGAGGAGCGUCGCGUUGAAGCCGCAGCAGCAGAGUACAAGCAAAGGAUUGCAUCUCAAGGACAAGGGAAGUCACAGGGCGGCCCAUCCAAAGCCUCCACGAUCCAAAGCCGCGUCAAGAAUCUUUUAGAUGAAAGCAGCAAGCCCGCAGCUGCCAGUCGCACAGCUGAAGGCUACGGCAAGUACACUGAUACCGGCAAGCCUUUACCGCUGCGGCCACAGGACCAGACCGGUGCACGUCAACCCCCUAUGAUUGCCCGGAAGCCCGUAACAGUCUCACAACAAUCUCAACAAGCGGCGGAUCUCUUGUACGCAAAGCCGUCCUCUAUCCGCCCCAACAUGCCACCGCCUAUCCCCUCUGCUUCGGCACCUCCAACAGUCAACGGCCGCAACCCCUCUGGCCCUCCGCCUCGCGCACCCAAGCCAAAGGCUCUCCAAACAGGCGGCUCUGCCACAACCCCUGGCCAAACAUCCCCUAUCAAAUCCAGCAACCCCGCACUUCCGCCCAGAGACAAGCCAUUGCCAACUGCUGUCAACGAUGUCGCCGCGGAAGAAUUUGACGUCGACACGUUCAGUAAACGCUAUCCCAGUCUAAGCGGCUUGGAAAUGGUCGAGACCGAGAUCCCGCGACGCACUGUUAGGGAUUUGUAA